AAAAGUCAGUAAUCAGGAAAUAAUGUAAUAAUCAAAAUACUGAAUUUGGUAACCAUCCACAAUGUAAGGCAACACUAACACAGGCCGGACCACACCUAUAUAAGGCCCGGGUGUCCCAAACAAUCUCUCAAGCUCACAGGACCUCAUCCGACUUGUAGGAUUGCAAGAAGGAUUUCAGAUCAGGGCAGCAAAAGGAAUAUCGUUUGCAAAAAGAACACCAUUGAGAUGGCUACAAGUACUGGGGAGGUGGAGUUCGCUCAUGUUGCAACGGAGAUGGGAGGUCUUACGAUGAAGAAGUUGGUAACUAAUAACAAGUUCAUAGAUAAUGACAACCAGAUUAAAAUCCUCACAAUCGGCCGAGAAAAUAGUAGUGCAACUAAAACCAUUCUUCUCAUUGGACAAUCAGGAUCCGGCAAAACUACGCUUUUAAAUGCGAUGAUCAACUACCUUAUGGGCGUUCAGUUCGAGGACAAUUUUCGAUACUCUGUGAGAGAUGAAAUUGGUGAUCGUCAGAAGAAAAUUUCGGAAAGUCAGACAGAGUUUGUAACAGGGUACCAUAUCUAUCAUAAACCUGGCAUGGUGCACAGCUAUAAUUAUCUAAUUAUUGACUCUCCCGGACUAUUAGACGCAAGAGGAAAGAAAGAGCAAGCUAAAAUUAGGAAGCAAACAGAAUUUUUCUUACGAGAAGAAAAACUGAAUAUAACUGAGCUUCACUCUCUUGCUUUUGUCAUAAAUGGAACUACCAACAGAUCUCAGGAAUAUGUGAAGGAUAUUAUCACAGACUUUGAAAACCUAUUUGGAAAAGACACUGUUCAGAUCACAAAUGUCUUUGCAACGCACUGUGACAGUACGCAAUCAGUGCAACAAGUCCUGAAGGAUGUGGAGAUCAAGUAUACCAAAUUGUACAACUUUCAAAAUGAUUGUAUUUUCAGUAAAGGCCAAGACAACCCCUUGCUUGCCCAGUUAGCACCCAAUAAAAUGGGAGUAUUUGAUGAAAAAAUAUCAGGAAUUUUUUGAAGAUUUAAAUGUAACCCCACCAGGGAGUCUUUUACUAAGCAGGGAAGCCGCUAUUGAAAAGAUGGAACUUGAGGGAGCAAUAAUUCAAGUAAAGAAUAACAUAGAGCAUAAAAUCAAUACAGUGAUAGAAUAUGAGAGCCAAAGAAAGUUAUAUGACGAGUAUAAGAUAUGCAUGGAAAACAACAAGGCAUUUGAAGGAGAAGAAACAGUCACUGUAAAAGAGAGGGUUUCCAUUGAAGGUACAUUUAGUCAUGCCCACAACUGUAAAGUCUGUAAUAGGACGUGUAUGUUCCCCUGCUAUACAGGAAGGAUCUUAGUAGGCUGCCUCGCAUUCUAUGGUACAUGUGAAAUCUGCAAAUGCAAAAUGUGGGGUAAGCAUGAGCGACAGGGUGUAAGAAUUGAAGAAAAACUCAAAACCAGAUCAGUUACUCAUAAAGAAAUGAAAAAAAGAUACGAAGAUGCUAUGGGCAAGGCCAGUAGCAUUGAGGCAGUGAAGAAGGAACUGGAUAUACAAAUAACAGAAGAUUCUACAGAGGUAGCGAGGAUGACGCAAAAAAUUAUAGAUCACAUCACCGUAAUAAACCGAAUUAUAAGAAAUCGAAACCCUAAGACACACAGUGAAUAUUUCAGUGAUAUUCUCAAAGACAUAGAGAAUACGAUCACACCAAAGCUGACGAGUCCCGCAGACAAGCUAGUUGUCAUGCAAACAUUAGAAGGCAUUAGAAUCAAAUAAAGUUGGCUUUAAGCAUGCGGGACGUUCUGUGAGGUGAAUCACAUGUCUAGAAAUGUAAAUGUGCGGAUGCAGAUGUGGGUAUUCAUUUUGAUUAUAUCUUCGUGGAUGCACAUGUGAUUUAUUUUCUUGAAAUGAUAUGGCGUGCAUAUAUCUUGGCACUUCUCCUCAUUUGUCCUCAUAUAUGACAAAUUUAAUUUCCGUGGUACGAUACCACUAAAUAAUGCAAGUAUAGUUAUUGAUACUUAAAACCACGCUAGAACCCUGGUUAGAACGUGCUAUCUCUUACUCUUUGUUUCACUGAAUAUUUGCAAUUUCGAUAUUGUUUUAUGGAUCUUUUCCAUUAUCAUGCGACGAUACCCAUCAGAAGGAUUGUCAUGGAAUGAAGGCUCAUUUGUGAAGAGGUGGUGCAGGAUGGUUACCUCAGGGUUUGUUAUUGCUGCACUAGACUGGAAUUGUUGUAUGAUCUUGUGCAUUUUGUAAUGAACGUCUAGUGUGCUAAAAGAAGAAGAAAAAAAAAAUAUGAAUAAAAAUGAAAAGAAAGGGGUGUGAUUAUGUGCUUUGUCCAUUAAAUAUUACGGUUUCAUACAUAGACACAACUAAUAUCUUUGUAUUUAUAAGAAGAUCAAGCUAUCAUUAUGAAUGGUAGUUAUAAUGCAAGGAAUUUCUUGCAAUGUACGGGAAUCAAAAAAGUUUAUGCAAUGAGAAAGUUAGAGUUUGUAUUUGUGUGUUGUAUUUUGUAUUUUGUAUCAAAUGUACUUCAAUGCCGAAUAAAAUAAGAUUACGUAA